GCCGGGAGCGGGGCCCGCGGAGCCGGGGAAGCGGCGGCCCGCGGCCCGCGCAGCGAUGGGCGCCGGCGGAGGGUCGCCCGGGCAGGCCGCCUGCCUGCGGCAGAUCCUGCUGCUCCAGCUGGACCUGAUCGAGCAGCAGCAGCAGCAGCUGCAGGCCAAGGAGCGGCAGAUCGAGGAGCUCCGGGCCGAGCGCGACACGCUCCUGGCGCGGAUCGAGCGCAUGGAAAGGCGGGUGCAGCUGGUGAAGAAGGACAGCGAGCGGGAGAAGCACCGCAUCUUCCAGGGCUUUGAGGUGGAUGAGAAGCCGGAGGCAGAGGCAUGUGAGAAGCUGCCUCUGGAGUGUCCCCAGGACCUGCUGGAGCCUCCCCCGACCCUGCAGCCCAAGCACUUCCCCUACGGCAGGAACGGGAAGGGGCAUAAAAGGAAGCCAGCGUUUGGGAGCACGGAGAGGAAGACGCCUGUUAAAAAACUAGUGUCAGAGUUCUCCAAAGUGAAGAGUAAAACUCCAAAACACUCCCCGGGGAAGGAGGAAUCGGGCGGCUCCUUGGCUGAAACUGUUUGUAAACGAGAACUGCGGAGCCAAGAGACUCCGGAAAAACCCCGGUCGCUCCUGGAGACCCCACUCAGAGCAUCAGCCCCGCCGAAGGGCCCCGGCACCCUCCCCAAGGAGAAAGGCUUUGCCAGCGAGGCCGACGACCUGCCCUAUCUGUCCACCACAGAAAUGUACUUGUGCCGCUGGCACCAGCCGCCCCCAUCGCCGCUGCGGGAACCUUCUCCCAAAAAGGAGGAGACUGUAGCAAUUCCGUCUUGGAGGGACCAUGUCGUGGAGCCCCUGAGAGACCCCAACCCCUCGGACCUCCUGGAGAACCUGGAUGACAGCGUCUUUUCCAAACGGCACGCAAAGCUGGAGCUGGAUGAGAAACGAAGGAAAAGGUGGGACAUCCAGCGGAUCAGGGAACAGAGAAUCCUACAGCGGCUGCAGCUCCGAAUGUACAAAAGGAAAGGGAUUCAGGAGUCGGAACCUGAAGUUACCUCAUUUUUCCCUGAGCCAGAUGAUGUGGAAAGUUUGCUCAUCACCCCUUACCUGCCCGUUGUCGCCUUUGGCCGGCCCUUGCCCAAACUGGCCCCACAGAACUUCGAGCUGCCGUGGCUGGACGAGCGCAGCCGCUGCCGGCUGGAGGUGCAGAAGAAGCAGACGCCACACCGGACCUGUCGGAAAUGAGGGAGAUGCUGGGAGCUCCAGACUCCUCCGGGAGCUCCAGACACCUCCAGGAGAUCCAGACUCCUCCGGGAGCUCCAGACACCUCCAGGAGAUCCAGACACCUCCGGGAGCUCCAGACACCUCCGGGAGCUCCAGACACCUCCAGGAGCUCCAGACACCUCCGGGAGCUCCAGACACCUCCGGGAGGCUCCGUAUGUCCUCGGGGGCUCUGAGCACCCCUAUGGCACCAGAAGCUCUGCCAUGGCCGGGUCGCGGCCGGCUGCCGCCUGCUCCGUGCUGACGGGUGGUUUCGUUCUGCUGCGAUCCCCGUUCCGUUCGUUUGGGUUUUGGAACGUUUCCCGGACUCGUCCCCCCCGUGCUGGCACCGGCUUCCCGGUGCCACCGGCCCAGCAGCUGCACCUCCACAGCCCGUGGCCUUGGGAUCACCAGCACCGGAUCCCGUGUCUGGGGAUGCCUCACCCCCCGGGACUCGCCCGCUGCUGCCUUCACGUUGUGUUUAGGCAGAAAGCAGGAUAAAGGGCGGAUUGCGUCGGAGCCGGCUGGGAGCUGGGAAGCACCUGGGAUUCUCUUUUGGGAGGUUUCCCCCCCCUCUUUCGUGGUUUUCCUCUCUGGAGCGGGGUUGGCAGGGGCAGAGGGGAAGAGUUAAAAAGCAAAAAAAAAAUUUUUUUUUUUUUUCUUUUUUUUUUUUGUGAAAUAGAAACCCUGUGCGCACAAUUUGGGGGGUUUUAAUGUUUUUUUUUAAAAUGUAAUUUAAAUGUUUUGAGGCGGGCGAGGGGUUUGCUGUGAGGGGGGGCCAUUAUUGCCUGUCCGAGCCCCUGGGUGCUGCUGGACCCUCUUGGUGCUGGAUGGGUGGGGAGGGGCUCCAUGUGUCCCCCUUUUUCCUCUGUUUUAUCCUCCCCAUCUCCCUGUUUCUCCCUAUCUCCCUAUCUCUCCCGUUUUUCCACAUUUUUUCCUCCUUUUUUCCCCCCCCUGCACUGAGCCUGUGCCCCCCCCAGUGUUAUCCCCCCCUGCCCCCCUCUCUAUAAUUAACCCCGAGCUUAUUGAACGCCGGAAAACUCGUUUACAAAAAAAAAAAAAAAAAAAAACCACAAAAAAAACACAAAACAAAAAAAACUUAUAAAAAAAAACUUUAAGAAAAACAAACUUUAAAAAAAAUUAAAAAACCCGGAAAUUGUUAAAAAAUCGAUAAAGUUCUAAAACCACCGAGUUCUAAACAAACGUUGCGGGAGGGGGUGGGGUCACUCGCGGACACGCCCGCUCGCUGGUUUUAUUUUAUUAUUUUUUACUGCUUUUCGUUGUUGUUGGUUGUUGUUUUUUUUUUUUUCCCCUUUGGUUUUUGUUUUUGGUUUGUUUUUUUUUUACAAUAAACAAGGAAAAGGCC